AUGCUCGUGUUCGUCACCGUAGGCUCGACACGAUUUGAUGCACUCGUGCAAGCUGCCAUCUCUGAGCAAGUUCUCGAUGCACUACACAAAAAGGGGUACAGGCAAAUCGUGAUUCAGCGGGGCAACUCUGAUUUGGGGACGAAUGGAGGUGAUAACGGACAGGACCUGAUGGUGUCUGAGAAAAACGGCAUGGAGGUUGAAACUUGGAAGUUCAAGUCGUCCAUACUGUCAGAUAUCCAACGUGCCACCCUCGUUGUCAGUCAUGCAGGGUCGGGAACGAUUCUCGACGCCCUCAGACAGGGAAAACCCAUGAUCGUAGUGCCAAAUCCCACCUUACUCGACGACCAUCAAGGAGAACUGUCGUCAAGACUGGAUGCCCUUGGUUAUCUUAAAGCGACCACAGUCAACAACCUUGCAGUGACUAUCAGUGCCUUUGACCCAUCGAGUUUGAUACCAUUUCCACCAUUUGACGGGAGUAGAUUCCGUAGAUUGAUCGACCAGGAGAUGGGAUACAAUGUCAGCUCUUCUUAG